CCAUUCAGUGGAACCGGAAGUGCUAGUGGGAGUUGAAAAUGCUAGCCUAGCAACCAUUCCUUCCUAUGGAGCUUGUCAUCGAGUAUAUGUUUUUAUGCAGAUAGGUCAAUUUAAGGUUUUGUGAGUAGUCCUUUUUUUUGUAUCUAAGAGCGUCUGGUAUCGCGCUGCAGCCUGUCUGAGUCUGAGAAGAUGGGUGCGCUCUCCAAGCCCUUCCUGGGCUGUCUGAUCUGUCUGGCUGUACUCCUGCUCGUUUUGGGAAACGCGUCGGCUUCCGAGUUCAAUCCGUACAGCGUGCUCGGAGUGUCCCGGCACGCCAGUCAGACUGAAAUCAGGAAGGCUUACAAGCAGCUCGUCAAGGAGUGGCAUCCAGACAAGAACAAAGAUCCGAGUGCAGAGGACAUGUUUAUCAAGAUUACUAAAUCCUACGAGAUCCUGUCGAGUGAGGAUCGCAGAGCUAACUACGAUCAAUUCGGCCAGACAGACGAGAACCAGCAGCACCACCAGGCACCGCACGGUUUCCGCCACUUCCAUGACAGUUUUUACUUCGAUCAGUCGUUCUUUCGGUUCACCCAGUCGACUCGAGAUUUCACAGACAGCAAGCACCUGCUUCAGUAUGAGAAGUUUAUGAACGUAGUGGUGCCGGAUAGCUUUAAAAGGCCCUACCUGAUUAAGAUUACCUCAGAGUGGUGUUUCAGCUGCAUUCAUAUUGAGCCCGUUUGGAAGGAAGCGAUUCAGGACCUGGAGCCACUGGGUGUGGGAAUUGGCGUCGUGGAUAUUGGUUAUGAGAAGCGGUUAGCUCAUCACCUCGGGGCUCGUGGCGCCCCCUCUAUUCUGGGGCUCAUCAACGGCAGAGUCACCUCCUUCCACAACGCUGUGUCCCAAGAGAACCUGAGGCAUUUUAUGGAAAGCUUGCUGCCACAUAAGCUAGUAGAAAAGGUGACAGAUGAUAACUAUAUACAGUUUUUGAACAGUUGGCGGGAAGAGAACAAACCCAGCGUCCUACUCUUUGACGCCGCUGCUUCAGCACCAUUCCUUUACAAGCUCUCUGCGUUCGCAUAUCGGGACUUUGUGCGGUUUGGGUACGUAGAUCAUAGCGAGACCACGCGUAUCCAGCAGCAGUUCAACAUCAACAUGUAUGCUCCCACCAUGUUGCUGUUUAAAGAGAACACUGAGAAACCUGCAGACGCCAUACAGUCCAGGGGAAUGAAAAAGCAGACCAUUGAUGAGUUUGUCUCUAGCAACCGUUUCCUGCUGGUGCCACGACUUGUAAAUCAGAAGCUUUUUGACGAGCUGUGUCCAGUCAAACAGUUCCACCGCCGACGGAAAUACUGUGUCUUGCUCAUCACUGGGGAGGAUGAGACAUUUGUGUCUGCGAACGAUGCCUUCUUUGACUUUGCUUCUUCUAACACUAAAGAGGUGGUGAGAUUCGCCUACGUCUAUCAGAGGCAGCAGCAGCCUCUCUGUGAUACGCUGCUCAAAAAGGAAGACAUGAGUCCUCCCCAGGUGAUCAUUCUGGAAAGGCGGAAUGCCGCCGGAAAAGUGCAGUACCGGACAGUGACAGACGGCUGGAACGGAAGCGAUGACGAUAAGCACCGCCUCCACGAGCAGCUGGAGCUCCUUCAGAGAGACCCGACCUUUCUAACCUUUGACGCCAUGCUGCCUGAACUCAACAACGAGCUCGCCUCAAUGUUUCUAAUUCGGUGGUUGAACGCUGCCUGUGAUUACCUUUCUCAAGCCUACUUUGACCUUCUCUACUCAAACUGGCAAGAGGUGAUGCCCAUCGUAUCAUUGGUCUUCUCUGCUCUUUUUAUCCUGUUUGGCACCGUCAUCAUUCAGGCUUUCAGUGACCCAGAGGAAAGAACAGCCAAGCGUAAGGCUAAAGAAUCCCCGAAGACGCCAGGGAGCUCUUCGGAUACAGAAAACACAUCCAGUCGUCCUUCGAAGAAGAACUUUGUGGAAGUGACGGAGUUGACCGACAUGACCUACACCAGCAAUCUGGUCAAAUUAAAGCCGGGACACAUCAACGUGGUGCUGGUGCUCACGGACGCGUCCAAACAGGUCCUUCUGAAGAGUUUUGCCAAAGAAGUGUACUCGUUCUCAGGAUAUCAGACUCUUCAUUACUCCUUCUUAAAUACUGACAAGCACAGUCAGUGGAUGGACUCCCUCCUGCAGCUGGCACCCUCUGCCAGGCUGCUUUCAGAUGACGAGGAAGAAGAGAGCACGUCCUCCUGUAAACCAGACUACACCGCUCAUGUGCUAGCCCUUAAUGGCCAUAAAAAGUACUUUUGCCUUUUCAGGCCCAAGCUCACCUCCCCGUUCAGGCCCUCGUUCACCAAGGACGAGGAUGACAAUGUACUUCUCCAUCAGAAGCUGGACCAGCUGAACGUAUGGAUGGAGAAGCUGACAGAGGGCACGCUGCCCAGGCACCACGUUCCUGCCUGGCCUGAUCUGCACACCACAACCCCUAAAAAAUAGAGGUGGGUUUGAAACCUUGUGGGAAUCUCUUAAAUAUCAGGUCUGGACUCCACUUCGUGGCUUUUGUGUAAAAUUGAAAGCAGGAGUUAUUGAUGUUUGACAGGGAGUUGACCGCAGGUACAGGCUGUGUAUAGUAUGUGAGGCUUGAUUAGAAAAUGUACUUACGCAGAACAUUCUGGAUUAUGCACUGUCUGAGUUUUAUUUCCCCAUGGCAGCACCAGGCACAUGCUUUUUGCUGCCAGCAGGGGUUGCACUACCAACCAUGUUAUUUUUUGGGGGGGCGACUUUAUUUUAGCUGCUGAUUUAUGCUGUAGGAACACUCACAGAUCGGUUCAUGCACAGACAAGGAAAAGGUUAAAUACUGUCAGAAUGGAAGCGCAUAUACAUAUAAUGACAGAGUUGUUCUAGGAUCAGGUACCACCUGUUUAUUGUAUGAGCUAUGUAACAAACAUAGACCACUUUUGGAAUAUUAUUUUGGGAUAUAUUAUUACUCUAGGAAAUGACUGCACUUUGUGUGCUGGAAAUGAUUUCAUUUUGCCCACAAAUGCUGUUUUAGAUCUUAAAUCUAAAUGUAGAGUAUAUAAAUGAUCUGUCCAUUAUUUUCCUAAGAACUUUAAUGUUGCUAAUAAUACCUGGCUUGAGCAUCUUUUACUACUGAGUGCAUUAAUAACUUAAGUAACAGAAAUGUCCAGUGUGUUUGUAGCAUUUUUAAUCCACAGCCGGUGAAAAGCUGUAACCUUGUUUUCAGCUGAUGUAUGUGCUUCUGGUUGAACAAAGCUAUAUAACCAAGAAAAUCCUGUUCAAAGCACUAUUACUUCUCCAUUUAUGAGUGUGUGUGAUCGUGAAAUGUGUUUGCUUGCAUGAGGGAGGAAAAAAGAACCUCAUAGUUGCCAUGUUUUGCUUUGACUUCUGGCAUGUUGCGUUUUUCUUUAGCUUUCACCUCCUGGACCGUGUAAAACUUCUCACUUUUUCUCACUUUUACAUUUUCCCAUGCUUAAAACAUUAUCAUCAUCAUCAUCAUCAU